CUCGACUUGGGUGAAAUUGAAAAUGCUGAAAAAAAACUGGAUGACCCAUAAUUGGACAACAAGUGAGAGCCAUAGCACAUCCUCUAACCGGAGUAAUAGAAAUAGAAAUCGCAACAGCCACCCAGCCAUGGUCAAAUCAAACACUUUGUUUUUACUGCUUCUGGCCAUGCUCUGCCUAAUCGAGCUGGCGGUGGUUGUCGUCAAAGCGGAUGAGACAGCAAUAAACAUGAGACGAGCCAACCGCCAUGCGUCCACAACACCUUUAAAUCAACAAACUUCCACGGAGCCAUCAACAACACAAGACCCAGACCCAGAGACAGAGCCAGAAUCAGGACAGGAAGACUGGCAGCCUGUUGUAAAUGCGACCACAGAUGAAUCCCCAAUAACAAAGAAGCGAUUAGCCAAUGAUUCCUUGCUACUGCGUUUCGCUCGUCGCUUCUCCAGCGGCAAUGAUCUAUGGGAUGGCAUUAUUCGCGAUUGUUAUACUAAGCCGGAUAUCUCGUGUUUUCAGAAGAAUGUCUAUAGCUAUCUAAACGAUGCCCUAGAUCAGCAGGAUGUGAAUGUUACACAGCGUCUGAAAUUCUUCAAAAAUCAAGUUCAAUAUGCUGCAGAAUCACACACGGACGAGCAUAUAAAUCAAAUACCCAAUGAGGGCCGUGCCGCAACCACCCCGGAUAGCCCCAUCGAGGAAGUGACUAAUGCACUCUAUGGAAAAAGCAUUAAAUUUGCCAUGACACACGAUCUUGAGGUGGAUCUGCCAGAAGUCAUGUUUGAUGGUGCCACAUUUCGUAUAUCGCCACGGGCCAUCGAAGGCAAUGGAAUCAUUGCCAAGUUGGAGCUAAUACCAAAGCAGGAAGUGCAAGCCCGUCUGGCUGGCAAGAUAAUCAUGAAGAAAAUACAAAAAUUUCUACGCAGCAAAUUGUUGCUAUCUUUUCUGGCCUUGCUGCUAAUCAUCAAAAUCAUCAAGAUCAAGUUAUUCUGGUUGCUGCCAAUUGUCAUUGGAGUUGGGGCAGCCAAGAAGUUGCUACUAAAGUUCCUGCUCUUCCUGUUCCCGGCACUGUCGCAUCUGUUCAAGUUAUGCUCGUAUUACCAGCAAUCGUAUCAUACCACCAAAUAUCAUCAUCAUCAUCAUCUUAUCGACCAUCAUCAUACGGUUGUGCCGCCAUGGCACAGUGGAGAGCACCAAUCGGUGCCAGAGAUUAUUUACACACAUCCACCCAAGGGUCAUCCGUCGACAUAUUUGCAUGGGGCGCCAUUGCACGAGAGCCAUGGACCAGGGCCAGGAUAUGAGCAUUUCGAGGGCGCCUGGGAGAACAGUGGACCCGGCUUGGGAUCUGAAUAUAUAGGCGAUAUUAAUCGCGUUGCACAAAUCGAGGAAAAUUCACAUCAUUUUAAGCCGCAUACGGCGAAUGAUGCUGGUGAGCUGCAUGCAUGGGGAUUGGGCACAACUCAAGGCUAUUCCAAACAACAGUUGACACAGGCACAACAACAGCAGCAAUACCAACAGCAACAACAACAACAACAACAACAGCAACCACCACAACAACAACAACAACGUUGGCCACCCACACAACAACAUAGACCACCAACAAUUCAACAACACAAACAGCAAAACCAACAAAUGAAUUCUCAAAAAGUAUAUGCCUCUAGUCACAGUUUUAAUCCGUUUCAAAAUCAGGAUAAACAAAGCUCAAGGCCAGCAUCUACACAACCCCAUCCGGUAUAUGUGGCAGGACCACCACCACCGCCACAGGCUAUCGGACAAGGAUCAGGGCCAGGACCUGGUCUAACAGCAGCCGCACAGAUUGCUGCCCAAUAUGAACCAGCACGCAACAAUCAACAGCAGCAGCAGCAACUACAACAACAACAGCAACAGCUUUCGCCCGAACUAAAGGAGGCCAUACGCAUACAGGCCGAACAACGUUUGAUACAACAGCAGCAAAAAAUACUGGAACAUCAGCCAUUUGUGCAGGACGGACAGCCACUCUAUCCGCUCAACUAUGACCCCUUCUACAGUCCCAUAUUACUGAAAAUUGAUAAAAUUAUUGAACAGAUGGGCCUAAAGAACGAAUUGUGCAAAGAGCGUAUGGUAUGCGAAAUGUACAAGGAUCCAUCGAAAUACAGUCCUUAUAGUAAUUUUGUAUCCGCUGAAUUAAGUCGUGAUGCUAGCGAACUAGAAGCUGUAACGCAUGCGAAUGAAGCUGUUCGCCGUUUCUAUAGACUCAUUCAGGCAGCACGUGAUGGCCAGGAUCAAAAGAAUUGCCGGACUCUCCAUCCACAGUGCAAUAUGUCAGAGAAUUGAAAUGAACUGAACUUGAUUGGUGACUAGACAAUACACGAAGAGAACCGAAAACAGGAGGGACGAAAAGGAUAAAAGAAGAAUAAAAAGGAUGGA